GGCGAAACCGGCCUAUUUUGGCUUCAGAUUCCGGUUUGGUGGCGUUGCUUUUGGUCCCACUUUAGGAGGGAAGUUCGUUCAGCGGCGCUGGACAGAAGUGGCCUUGUAUUCAACACAACAAGCAAGAGUAAACCAGAGGAAUCCCCGGAGCUUCAAUGGCUGCCUCACAAGCUUCACAAAUUGUUGCAUCACACGUUCCUUUUGCAGAUUUAUGUUCAACUUUAGAACGAAUACAAAAAAGUAAAGGACGUGCAGAAAAAAUCAGGCACUUCAGCGAAUUUUUAGAUUCUUGGAGAAAAUUUCAUGAUGCCCUUCAUAAGAACCAAAAUGAUGUCACAGACUCUUUUUAUCCAGCAAUGAGACUUAUUCUUCCUCAGCUAGAAAGAGAGAGAAUGGCCUACGGUAUCAAAGAAACUAUGCUUGCUAAACUUUAUAUCGAAUUGCUUAAUUUACCAAGAGAAGGAAAAGAUGCCCUUAAACUUUUAAAUUACAGAACACCUACUGGAACUCGUGGAGAUGCUGGAGACUUUGCAAUGAUUGCAUACUUCGUGUUGAAGCCAAGAUGUUUACAGAAAGGAAGUUUAACUGUACUGCAAGUGAAUGACAUUUUAGACUCAGUUGCCAGUAAUAAUUCUGCCAAAAGAAAGGACCUGGUAAAGAAGAGUCUUCUUCAGCUUAUAACUCAAAGCUCAGCACUUGAACAAAAGUGGCUCAUACGAAUGAUUGUGAAGGAUUUAAAACUUGGUUUUAGUCAGCAAACUAUAUUUACCAUUUUUCAUAGUGAUGCUGUUGAGUUGUAUAAUGUAACCACAGAUCUGGAAAAAGUCUGUAGGCAACUGCAUGAUCCUUCAGUAGGGCUCAGUGAUAUUUCUAUCACUUUAUUUUCUGCCUUUAAACCAAUGCUAGCUGCUAUUGCAAAUAUUCAGCACAUAGAGAAGGACAUGAAACAUCAGAGUUUCUACAUCGAAACCAAGUUAGAUGGUGAGCGUAUGCAAAUGCACAAAGAUGGGGAUGUGUAUAAGUUCUUCUCCCGAAAUGGAUUUGACCACUAUACUGAUCAUUUUGGUGCAUCGCCACGUGAAGGUUCUUUAACACCAUUCAUUCAUAAUGCAUUCAAAAUAGAUUUACAAAACUGUAUCCUUGAUGGUGAGAUGAUGGCCUAUAACCCUGAUACCCAAACUUUUAUGCAAAAAGGGAAUAAGUUUGAUAUUAAAAGAAUGGUAGAAGAUUCUGAUCUACAAACUUGUUAUUGUGUUUUUGACAUAUUGAUGGUUAAUAAUAAAAAACUAGGACAUGAGACCCUGAAAAAGAGGUAUGAAAUUCUUAAUAGUAUUUUUACACCAAUACCAGGUAGAAUCGAAAUAGUGCAGAAAACACAGGCUCAUACUAAGAAAGAAGUAAUUGAUGCUUUGAAUGAAGCCAUAGAUAAAAGAGAAGAGGGAAUUAUGGUAAAAUAUCCUCUGUCCAUUUACAAGCCAGACAAAAGAGGUGAAGGAUGGCUAAAAAUUAAACCAGAGUAUGUAAGUGGACUAAUGGAUGAACUGGACAUCUUAAUUGUUGGAGGCUAUUGGGGCAAAGGUUCACGGGGUGGAAUGAUGUCCCACUUUUUGUGUGCAGUGGCAGAGAAGCCCCCUCCUGGUGAAAAACCGUCUGUUUUUCAUACUCUCUGUCGUGUUGGCUCAGGUUACACCAUGAAAGAACUGUAUGAUCUGGGCUUGAAAUUGGCCAAACAUUGGAAGCCUUUUCAUAAAAAAGCUCCACCAAGUAGCCUUUUAUGUGGAACAGAGAAGCCAGAAGUGUACAUUGAACCUUGUAAUUCUGUCAUUGUUCAGGUUAAGGCAGCAGAGAUUGUCCCUAGUGAUAUGUAUAAAACUGACUGCACCUUGCGUUUUCCACGAAUUGAAAAGAUAAGGGAAGACAAAGAAUGGCAUGAAUGCAUGACUGUGGAUGACUUAGAACAACUUAGGGGAAAAGCAUCUGGAAAGCUUGCUUCUAAACACCUUUGUAUAGGUGGUGAUGAUGAACCACAGGAAAAAAAGCGGAAAGUUGCCCCAAAGAUUAAGAAAGUUAUUGGAAUUAUUGAACAUUUAAAAGCACCUAAUCUUUCUAACAUAAGCAAAGUUUCUAAUAUAUUUGAAGAUGUGGAGUUUUGUGUUAUGAGUGGAAUAGACAGCCAUCCAAAGCCUGAUCUGGAGAACAGAAUUGCAGAACUUGGUGGUUACAUAGUACAAAAUCCAGGCCCAGACACGUACUGCAUAAUUGCAGGGUCUGAGAACAUCAGAGUGAAAAACAUCAUUUCUUCAAAUAAACAUGAUGUUGUAAAGCCUGAUUGGCUUUUAGAGUGUUUUAAGACCAAGAGCUGUGUGCCAUGGCAGCCUCGCUUUAUGAUUCAUAUGUGUCCAUCAACAAAACAACAUUUUGCUCGUGAGUAUGAUUGCUAUGGUGAUAGUUAUUUUGUUGAUACAGACUUGAACCAACUGAAGGAAGUGUUCUCAGGAAUAAAAAAUUCCAAUGAACAGACUUUUGAAGAAAUGUCUUCUGUGAUUGCUGAUUUAGAAUAUCGAUAUUCCUGGGACAGCUCUCCUCUUAGUAUGUUUCGGCGCUACACCAUUUAUUUGGACAUGUAUGCUUUUAUUAAUGACUUGAGUACCAAAAUUGAAGGAACAAGAUUAGCUAUUAAAGCCUUGGAGCUUCGAUUUCAUGGAGCAAAAAUAGUUUCUUAUUUAGCUGAGGGAGUAUCUCAUGUAAUUGUUGGAGAAGAUCAUAGUCGUAUUGCAGAUCUGAAAGCUUUUCGGAGAACUCUUAAGAGAAAAUUUAAAAUCCUGCAUGAAGGUUGGGUAACUGACUCAAUAGACAAGUGUGAACUACAGGAGGAAAAUCAAUAUUUGAUUUAAAGCUAGCUUUCCUAGUGAGCAGAUCCUCUGAUUCAUCUGGCAAACUCACUGCAGUAUUUGGUAAUCAUAAAAUAUUAAACCUCAUUUAAUUCUAUUUCUCUGAUCAUCUAUCCUGUAUGGCAUUAUUAAAUAAGGGAAAACAAUAAUUUUAAGUUUUGGGAUUGAAAAGACACUAAAUGGCCCAAAGCCCAGGAAGAAAUACUGUUAGCAGUAUAAUAUUUGGUGAUUUUUAUAAUUAAGAUGAAAUCAACAGUUUUAAAAGAGGUGUUUAUGUGAUAUCUCUAUAGAAAUCUGAAUUUUGACUCAAAUAAAUUUAGAAGCUUUCAGAGCAUUAAAAGUCUUUACCUUUUAAAAAGGAUUUUCUGAAGUUAAAAUUUUAAUAAUAGUUUUUAUCUGAUGAAGGUAGCAUGGCAAGAAAAUAGAAUUGUCAGAUUUGGACUUGGAAAAAUAUUUCUUUUAAUUUGAAGACUAAAAUUCCUCUUUUAAAAGUGAAAUGAUUUACACACAUUUUUUAAGGUUAAGGUUAAGCACAUUAGCUUGUUACUGAUGUCAUUAGCUAAAUUAAGGGAAGUUGAAUGAGACUUAUUGGUCUAAAAACUUAUAGUCGGAUUAGUCUGAUUAAAAAAAAACAAAAAAAAAACCUUGCAAUUUUAAAAGUAUGUGGCCCGUGUUUAAUUUUUUUCUAAAAUA